CAAUAGUUUAAAAGUAUACGACAGUAAUACAAGGUAUUCACGCAUUCCAGAGUACAGCGCACGACUAGGAUAUCUAUCAACUUGUUCGCAAUACUCUCGAAAAGCUGUCAACAGUCCCAAUAAUCUUCUUUAACCCCACCAGUUCAUAUUCAACAUGGAUGAGUUUGCGCAAUCAAGAGAAGACGACGAUCUCUUCGGCGAUGAAUUCGAGCCUGCGUCGGAACCUACAGUCAUAGAAGAGGCACCAAUUCAAUCCGUCUCAAAACUGUCGCCUACAGCAGAAACAUAUAUUCACACCAAUGGCUCACAAUCUUCUUUAUCAACAGGACUUUCAAACAACCAUAAUCAUAGAAAUCAGCGGGAACGAGGCACGGAUAGGAGACGAGGGGGAAGGGGAGGUCGAGGUGGUGCACCAAAUAAUGGUCUGAAAUCAUCCAGAUAUGCGUCUCAAGACCCGGAGCCUGUCGCCAAUCAAUCCCAAUCUGCUGAAUCCGCAACUGAACAAACCCAAGUCGCGCCUUCGACCUCUCCACCAGUACAAUCUCCUGUCGAAUCACAACCACAACAAAAAUCUAUACCGUCAGUUCGAGGGGAUCGUUCUUUGACUGGCGGUCCCUCACAUAAAAAGCUCACCGAGGAAGAAUUGACAGCGAAGCUCGAGCGAAUGAAGAUUAUAAAUGCAGAAAAGGCCGAGUCGUUCCGGAAGAGUGAGAAAGAUCGAGAAGGUUAUGCGGAAAAGGAAAAAGAAGAAAAGCGCAAGAGAAAAGAAGAGAUCGAAAGGGGUAGAGUAAUGGAAGGCGAGAGAAUGAAGAAUAGAGAGAGAAAGCUAAAGGCUAUGGGUGGGAGGGAGUGGGAUGAGGGCAAGGAUGAGAAAGAUUUCGAGGACAAUAAGGGAAGGAGCUCACAAUAUGUUAGAGGUGGUCAUGGUGGAGUGAUUAGAGGUCGGGGUGGCUUGGCUAGUAGUAGGUUUAAUGAUGCGCCAGAAGAUGAUAUGUCUUCAUACAUUUAUGAUGAUAAUAGAGGUCGGGGAUCUGGGCGCGGAAGAGGCAGGGGGGGAGGUAACGGACGGGGUGGAAGAGGUGGUUCAGCACAACAAACACAAACUGUACCUGCGUUAGAGGACUUCCCAUCAUUGCCAACUACAUCAACAUCAAAAACUACGAAAUCCGGUCUCAAUUCUCCGUUCGUGGGAGCUGGCGACUGGGCCGAUGAGAUGGCUACUCCUACUGAGCAGGAGAAGAAACUUGAUGUUUAAAUAUAUGUCAAUUCUGGGUAUAUAAUGUGCUUUGGUUAAGUGUGGAUAAAUUUGGAUCAGGAAGCAGAUUUCAGCAAGGCGUUACCUGUAUGCUCGUCCAGGGAAGACUUGAGCCGCGAAUUUUGGUGUAUAUCAUUCUGGAUACCACUACAGCGAAAAUGAAUUUUAAUUUACCAACCUUCUUGGGACUCAGGAUUUGACAGCAAUGAUACCCUGGCUAUUAGUUACUUAAAUGCCGACACUGAUUUUC